AUGCGAUGAGGUAGCGCCACGCCUUCACAGUUGACCUCAAAAACCCGAAAAUGCUCCUCCUGCCUUUCGAUUCUGAUUUACUAAACCUUGUCCUCGCUCUUCAUUCAAUCGAAGCCUUUUCAAUAUCUUCCAUCCGAUCAACGAUCCGCCCUUUUUUCUCUGUUUCAUCUAAUCCAUUCUCCACUUUUCUGGAUCUUCUUCUUCUUCUUCUUCCUCCUCCUCCAGGAAAGAUUUAACCCUUUGAUCUUUCAUUCCCUCAUCAUUCACGUUCACAAUCAACCACAAGAAAUGGACGGAUUAGUGAUUGAGAAGAAACCCAAAACUAAGAUUGUCUGCACCCUAGGGCCGGCAUCCAGGUCCGUGCCCAUGAUCGAGAAGCUCUUGAAAGCUGGGAUGAAUGUUGCUCGUUUCAACUUCUCUCAUGGAUCCCACGCUUAUCACCAGGAGACGCUCGACAAUCUCAGGGCCGGAAUGGAGAAUACUGGUAUUCUCUGCGCCGUCAUGCUUGACACCAAGGGCCCAGAAAUUCGAACUGGAUUUUUGAAAGAUGGCAAACCCAUCCAACUAAAACAAGGGCAGGAGAUAACCAUAUCUACCGACUACAGCUUGAAGGGUGAUGAGAAUAUGAUAUGUAUGAGCUACAAAAAGUUAGCCGAGGAUGUAAAGCCAGGGAGCGUAAUACUUUGCUCGGAUGGUACAAUCUCAUUUUCAGUUCUAUCUUGUGACAAAAAAUUGGGUUUGGUACAAUGUCGCUGUGAGAACUCUGCAGUUCUUGGUGAAAGGAAAAAUGUUAACUUGCCUGGAGUUAUAGUGGAUCUCCCUACCCUUACAGAAAAAGAUAAGGAAGAUAUACUAGAAUGGGGAGUUCCAAAUAAAAUUGAUAUGAUUGCUCUAUCUUUUGUUCGGAAAGGUUCUGAUCUUGUGGAGGUCCGGAAGUUGCUUGGAAAGCAUGCCAAAAGUAUUCUUCUCAUGUCAAAGGUUGAGAAUCAAGAAGGUGUGGCAAAUUUUGACGACAUACUGGCCAAUUCAGAUGCAUUCAUGGUUGCAAGGGGUGACUUGGGAAUGGAAAUUCCAAUUGAGAAGAUAUUUUUGGCGCAGAAAGUGAUGAUAUACAAGUGCAACAUCCAGGGAAAACCUGUUGUCACAGCAACACAGAUGCUGGAAUCAAUGAUUAAAUCUCCUAGGCCAACUAGAGCUGAAGCCACUGAUGUUGCAAAUGCUGUUCUUGAUGGGACAGAUUGCGUAAUGUUAAGUGGUGAAACGGCUGCUGGAGCAUAUCCUGAACUUGCUGUUAGAACAAUGGCAAAAAUAUGUGUUGAAGCUGAAAGCACCCUUGAUUAUGGUGAUGUCUUUAAAAGAAUUAUGGAACAUUCACCAGUUCCCAUGAGCCCAUUAGAAAGCCUGGCUUCUUCUGCUGUUAGGACUGCAAACUCAGCCAAGGCAGCUCUUAUACUUGUCCUAACUAGAGGAGGAAGCACAGCAAAAUUGGUGGCCAAGUAUAGGCCAGGAACGCCGAUCUUGUCUGUAGUUGUCCCUGAGAUUAAGACAGAUUCAUUUGAUUGGUCAUGCAGUGAUGAAGCUCCAGCAAGGCAUAGCUUAAUCUUUCGAGGUUUGGUACCGGUUCUUAGCACAGCCUCAGCAAGGUCGUCUCAUGCAGAGACAACUGAAGAAGCAAUAGAGUUUGCUAUUCAGCAUGCAAAGUCCAAGGGCCUCUGCAAAAAUGGAGAUUCUGUGGUGGCUCUUCACCGGGUCGGUACAGCUUCUGUUAUCAAGAUAUUGACUGUGAAGUAGUAAUCAUGCGGUGUGAAGUAUUUUUUUUUCUUGCCAUUCACCACGAUCACAGAUUAAAUCAAAUAAUUGCUCUUGAUUUUCAUCAUUGUUUUUGGGGUCGUUGAGACCACCAGUUUAACUUACACUCUAUCCUCUGUGAUACAGGCAAUGUCGUGUUACUGGAAACCAAACACUAUUUUUGUUUUGAAACAAUUAUGCUUUGUUCAUCAAUAAAUUGUUACCGUUUGCCAGGCAUCUUGGAUGUUAAA